UGCUAUAAAAUGAAUUAGCUUGUUAGUUCACCUAACGCGACUGGUUCGGCCACAGUGAGUUAUGGUGCGCCGUGCUAACUACUAGGCUAGCUAGCGUUGGUUGGGUGAGCCAACGUUUGCAAUAUAAACGGCAAAGCGGAAUGAUAUUAAAGAAAUUGAUCAGGAUUUGGUCCUACGAGAGGCAAAAGCAACUACUAUUAAAGAGGCAUUGGCGAAGUGGGAGGAAAAAUCAGGAGAGAAAGUCGGUGAGGCUAAAGCAGUGAAACUAUAUGGCCAAAUUCCUCCAAUUGAAAAGAUGGACGCUUCUCUCUCAACCCUUAUCAACUGCGAGAAACUGUCGUUGUCAACGAACUGUAUUGAAAAAAUUGCCAACUUGAACGGAUUAAAGAAUUUGAAGAUAUUAUCUUUGGGCCGAAACAACAUCAAGAACCUUAAUGGACUAGAGGCAGUAGGGGACACUUUGGAGGAACUCUGGAUCUCCUACAAUCUCAUUGAGAAGCUGAAGGGAAUCCAUGUUAUGAAGAAGCUCAGAGUUCUCUACAUGUCCAACAACUUAGUCAAAGAAUGGGGGGAGUUUGUGAAACUGGCAGACCUUCCAUCACUGGUAGACCUGGUCUUUGUGGGGAAUCCUUUAGAAGAGAAGUACUCUGCUGAGGGGACGUGGAUAGAUGAGGCAACUAAAAGAGUCCCCAGUCUAAAGAAACUUGAUGGGACCCCAGUGAUUAAGCAUGAAGAGGAAGAGAGAGAAGGGGAGAGUUAACAGAGUCUGCUUUAAAAUCUUCUCAGUGGUACAAUUUUUAAAUGACUCCAAUGCCAGAAUGUUAGCAAUUAAAAAAAACAACAACAUGCAGUUAAAAGGGAAUACCACCAAGUUUCUGCAUAAUUCAGCCAUUGAAAUGUAAACAAAGUCAUUCAGAGUGGUUUGAUGUUAAAUGCUGUGUUUUAUAAAAACCUCUUGGUGAUGAAAGGAACCAGAGGUCAUGAUGUUGACAGUGCAAAUAUAUAUAAAAUUUAUUUGCUAUUUACAAUGAUCGCUGAACCUGUCAGCACGUGUGUUAUGGUGAAAUACUGGUAACUUUUAAAAUAAUACUUGGUUACUAUUUUGCCUUAAAACUACCUGUACAUACCUCUCUGUCCUGCAUGUGUUUGAGGUCACUUAUUUUAAAAAUAUCGUAGCACAAUGUCUCAGGCAAUAGGCAAUGCCUAACCAUUUUAUAUAAUAAGUUUCUGUAAUGUUUUAAAGGUAUUCACUUCAAAUGUCUCAUCCUUGUCACCAUGGUUCUGAACAAUUCUGACUGUUUGUCUAAAAUUGUACAUUUCACAACAAUCCACUCUUAGUGACUGUUCUUUACAUAGUAACAAUUGAAUUGCAAACAAUUGAACAAUUGAAACACUUGCAAGAAUUUGCAGUGAAAUUUUCUUUUCAAUGCAGAUUUUUAUAUGUUGACUUGAUGUGUAUAUAGGCUUAAGAGCUAAUGGUACUUUCUUAGAUUUUUAACAUCUUUUAAAUUCGAUCUCAAGAAAAAGCACAUUGCAGCUGCUUUUAAAUAGUUAAGAAAUAAGGUAGUCUAAAAGAUUAGCCACUGGACUGGUAACAGAAUGAAACUGAUGCAUUGCAGCAGUUUAAUAAAAAUGCUUUCAAAUUUGUGUAUGCGCAUUUUAUUAGGUAUAUACAAUGUAUUUAUGUCCCCUAAGGGCAUUUCAGUCCCAGAUAUCACCAUUAUUUAUACUUUCUGUUUACUCACUAUAAAAGGACUCUGACUAUGCAAAAACCUUAAUCUGACCCAACAAAAAUUCUGUUGCCAGGUUUUCUAGUAGUAAAUUGCUUAUUUAUGUCAUAGUGUACAAUGUUGUGUGUUCAAAGCUCUGACUCGUACUAAAGGCACAAAAGGAAAAGUUAACUCUAUGGCAUGUUUCCAGAUUAAAGAAGUAAAAUAUAAUAGAAGUAAAUAGAUGAUGAAUCUAUAUAAUUUUGUUUUUUAAUCUGUUUUCAACUAUUUUUAAAUCUUUUGUAAUGUAAUUUUUAAUGUAUUUGAUUUGUAUG